CGCCCGCUCCGCUCCCCCCGCCCGCCCCGGCGCUGGGGUUCUGCUGGGGUUCAGCCGCGGCCGCCGAGCGCCGCCGCUGCCCGGGAGGUCCCGCCGCCCGCCCCCGUAACCCAUGCCGCAGGCACCGCGCAGGAGAGAAAAGAAACACGGUAGUGAUCAGCAUUCAAAAAGCAAGACGCAGGCUUAAACAUAUGCAAAGCCUUGGAGAGAGACUGAAGAAAUGUACUGACGCUGUUGCAGAAAGCUUCUGACAGGCACAUCACAUCUUUGAAAGAAAUCGGAGAGGGAAAUCACUUUAAAUCACCAACCGAUACAUUUUUGAAGCUGAAAAAUCUGAGAUGCAUUAGAGUUCAGCGACCUCCCUUUGCUUAAGGUAUGGUGUGAAUAUGCGUUGCUUGGCAGCUCGGGUCAACUACAAGACUCUGAUCAUCAUCUGCGCUCUCUUCACCCUGGUGAUGGUGCUGCUCUGGAACCGAUGCUCCUCCGACAGAGCUGGCCCGUUCCCCCGCAGCCUCGCUGGUCCCGAACGCCGAGCCGCCGCCGCCGCCUCCGAGAGCGACCCGGCCCGGCAGCAGAGCGAGGAGGCAUCGCCCCAGGAGCAGCAGAAGGCUCCCCCCGUCGCGGGAGGCUUCAACAGCAACAAAGUCCCGGGGCUGAAGUACGAGGAGAUUGACUGUCUGAUCAAUGACGAGCACACCAUUAAAGGGAGGAGGGAAGGCAACGAGGUCUUCCUGCCAUUCAGCUGGGUAGAGAAAUACUUUGAGGUUUAUGGGAAAAUUGCUCAGUACGAUGGUUAUGACAGGUUUGAAUUCUCUCAUAGCUACUCCAAAGUAUACACACAGCGAGCACCUUACCACCCCGACGGGGUCUUCAUGUCCUUUGAGGGCUACAACGUAGAGGUUCGAGACAGAGUGAAGUGCAUAAGUGGCGUUGAAGGUGUGCCGUUAUCCACGCAGUGGGGACCUCAAGGCUAUUUCUACCCCAUCCAGAUUGCACAGUACGGGCUGAGUCACUACAGCAAAAACCUGACAGAGAAACCACCUCACAUCGAGGUGUACGAAACGGCUGAAGAGAAGGACAAAGGCGGCAGGGCCGUGGACUGGACGGUGCCAAAAGGCUGCUCUCUCUCCACAGUAUCCGAUAAAGCCAAGUUCACAAGCGUCAAACAGUUUGUCGCUCCAGAAAAUACUGAGGGGGUAUCUCUGCAGCUUGGGAACGCCCGAGAUUUUAUUAUUUCUUUUGAUCUCAAAUUUGUAACAAACGGUAGCAUUUCUGUGGUUCUUGAGACGACAGAGAAGAACCAGCUCUUCACCGUGCACUACAUCUCCAACACCCAGCUCAUCGCUUUUAAGGACCGAGACAUCUACUACGGCAUCGGUCCCAGGACUAGCUGGAGCACCCUCACCAGAGACCUGGUGACCGACCUGCGGAAAGGUGUUGGCCUCUCCAACACAAAAGCCGUGAAGCAGACCAAAAUCAUGCCCAAGAGAGUGGUGAGGCUGGUAGCGAAGGGAAGAGGCUUCCUCGAUAACGUCACCAUCUCCGCCACUGCUCACAUGGCGGCUUUUUUUGCUGCCAGUAACUGGCUGGUGAGGAACCAGGACGAGAGGGGCGGCUGGCCCAUCAUGGUGACGAGGAAGCUGGGGGAAGGCUUUAAGUCCUUGGACCCGGGCUGGUACUCGGCCAUGGCGCAAGGACAGGCCAUCUCGACGCUGGUGCGGGCGUACCUGCUGACGAAGGACCACGCGUUCCUCAGCUCGGCUCUGCGGGCCACGGCGCCGUACAAGCUGCUGUCGGAGCAGCGCGGGGUGAAAGCCGUCUUCAUGAACCGGCACGACUGGUACGAGGAGUACCCGACCUCGCCCAGCUCCUUCGUGCUCAACGGUUUCAUGUACUCCUUAAUCGGGCUGUAUGAUUUAAAGGAAACAGCUGGGGAGAAGCUGGGGAAGGAGGCGCGGGUCCUCUACGAGCGCGGCAUGGAGUCCCUGAAGGCCAUGCUUCCCCUCUACGACACCGGCUCAGGGACCAUCUACGACCUUCGGCACUUCAUGCUCGGCACCGCUCCCAACCUGGCCCGGUGGGACUAUCACACCACCCACAUCAACCAGCUCCAGCUCCUCAGCACGAUAGACGAGUCCCCCAUCUUCAAAGAGUUCGUCAAGAGGUGGAAGAGCUACCUGCGAGGUGGCCGGGCAAAGCACAACUAGAGCUGACAACCAAACCCCUCGGUCCUGCUGCCUCGCAGAGGUACGGUUUCAAAGGUUGCAUCCUAAGUUUUUUACGGACCUUUUCAAAGAAGUGAUCCUUAAAACUGAUCUCCUGAAAUCAUUGCAUUCCAGUGUGAAAACAUUCGGGUCGGAUGGGUACGAUUCGGGAACUUCACCUGUCCUUAGUGCUCCACAGCGAAACUUUUGGCACGAAGCAAAACCCCUUUGUGCUCCUGAGUUUGAGGAUGGUUUUUGGUUGGGUUGGUUGGGUGGGUUUUUUUUCCUUUUUGUAGGAAAAUAUUUGCAGAAGCCAUACAGGUCUCUAAAGUCCAGCACUUGCCUGAAAAGUUAGUCUGUGGCCUCUUUUAAAAUGGAGUUAUAUGUGUCUAUGUUGGAACAGCAUAACAGAUCGUGUGGUGUAAUGCCGUAAAUAUUUACUUGUAGCCUGGGUAGUGGACAGUGUAUCUUUUUGAAGGUGUUUUGUUGGGUUUUUUUUUUAAUUUGAAUUCUUUUUCUUUGGGGUGAAAAAUACUUUAACUUCCCCCUGCCCCCGCCCGGUUCUCUGUACGGAGAUCCUUUAGCUGUACGGUUUCUUUACAGACGUGUGGACAGAAGAAAUGUGGACCGCGCGCAGGCUUCAAAGUCACGUCACGUAAGCACAGCUCGGUGGGGCUCACGGACUGCACAAAGCCUGCAGCCAUGCCACCCUCUGUUUGUAAAGCCCAAUUUACCGUCUCCUGUCAGGUUUGCUGGUGUUGCUUCCUCCCUGGUAGCUGGAAUCUUGUUGUGGAGCCCGAUGUUUUGUACUGUAUUUUUUAUUUACACCUCAGAGGUUUCUCUAAGCUUUGGCAAUUUCAUUCUUUGGGAGACCUGUCUUGAAUGCCGGGGUGAUGCGGAGCUCAUUUUGAGUAGCAUGCAGGAAAUUCCAUUGGAAGUAGUUAACGUUUUCCUGUGGUGGUUUUCAUUUUUAACCUGCUUGAGCAUAUCAAGUAUUUUAAAAAUUAAAAUUACCCCAGAGGGCUUUCCAGCUCCGCCUGUGCUUUAAUACCAAGUUUCACCUCUGCCUACUGUUUUACUCAGAGUGUAAGGGGUUGUUACAUCUCCAGCACCGGUUUCUUGGGUGUGCUUUGUCUUCGUGGCUCUGCCAAGCGAGCAAAGGUGCCAAACACACGCGUCUAAACCCCAACACUGUCACCGUCCUGUUGUAAUGCAGAAGAAACCAGGCGACUUCUUUUUCCUGUUUAUCGGUCCUGUACCGCCACCGUCAGUCCGCCUGCUUGGCGUGUGGCAUCCGGGGUGAUCCAGAAAUGUAAAUCCAACCGAUUCCAUCAUUAGAUCGGGGUGUUUUAUUUGGUAGCGUAGCAAAUGCUGGGCUGUCAGCUGUGCUGAGGCAUGCUGGCGUUUGCUGCAGGAGUCCCAGGCUCGAAAGCUCCUGACGUACGCCGGCAUGGGAAGGACACGUAUUGGCUUUGGGGUUUUUCCACUCAUCCUAUUACAUGUUGUACAUGUAAGUGGGGGUUAAGCUUAAGAUGUUCAUACUGAGGAUGAAGUUCAUUCGAAUCACAAAAAGGCUGGGCACAAGGACAAUAUGCAUCUUGAUUUAUUUUUUUUUUCGUCUGUUUUUUGAUGCUUUUUCUAUUUCUCGCAGUUAUUUGAAAACAACUUUUUAAUUACUUGAUCUUUGCAAACGCAUGCUAUGAACAUGUCAAUAUGAGAAGUGGAAGUCACAGGAGAAAGUUCAAUACCAAAGGUAGCAGAGGUGAAUUUUUUUUUACAUACAUGUGUAUACACACACACGCACGCACACACAAAACUCAGAAAAAUGUGCUUCCUUUACAAACAACUGGUCCUUACUGCAAACACAGAAACAUCUUUCUCCUGCAUGUUUCCUUCAUCUUUUGCCCAUUUUGGAUUUGGAGAAUCUAGAGAGACUCUCUGGGUACUGCUCAAGAGAUGGUAUCGGUGCCUUACAGAGGCCACAAUCUCCUUGUUUGUUUUGGUUUUUUUUUAAUUAAUGCCAGUUAACAAAUUGCAGUGUCGCUCAUCUUCCAAUGCUUCGUGAGAGCCAGCCCGGCAGCUGUUGGAUAGGUGAGCUCAGAAGCGUAGGUUGGCCAAGCCAACACCGUCGGUCCUGUCAGACCACCUUAUCCUUGACAUCUCCAUUGCAUUUUUGUUGGCCUUAGCACACACGUUACUUAAACCAGCCACCAUCCGAGGUGGUGGAACCGAAGAGAGUUAGUGUGGGGUUUCUCCUGUUAUUCUUUUUAAUUGAGUUGUGCAAUGGAAGAGGAUUAUUGGAUGUUGGUGCCCAUAACUCCAUCAAAUUCACUUAAGUUGGGGGUUUUUUGUUUGUUUUCGGUCUUCAAGCUGACAAAGAUCUUAGGGAUUAAGAUCUGUUUAAUCUUUCCAUGGGGCUUACUGUACAUAGACUUCAUCGGAAACAUAGUGCGCAUGGGUAUACGCAAACCAGUGACACACAAGCACAACUGUACAAGUGUGGCAGUGCUGUUUUUUCUCGGCCAUCGUGCAAGACAUUCACUGAAAGCUGCUAGUUUCAUUCACCUUGUAAUUGUACUUUUAUUUUUUCUACGUUUUUUUUGGUUUGUUUGUUGUUUGUUUUUUUUUUACAUGUGGGAUAUACACCAUGUGUUAAAUAUGCAAUAAAUUGUUUACAGGAUGCUCUUAUAAAGGGUAGUCCUUUGUAAAGCUGUACAGACUUUGCAGUUUAAGCACAAUGUGCACAUGUUAGUUUUAUAUACAGCAAGACAUGACUUUUUGCAGCAGGAAAGGUUCUACUAUGUUUAUAUACAAAGUAAAUGGAUCAACGUUUGUGCUUAAUGUAAAGCUGCUUUAUAAGACUGUAAAAUAAAUUUUUUUAUCUUAAGAUAAACA